UCAGUUUCAUUCUGCAACUCGAAAGCAAAGCACGUGUUUCUGAUUUAUGUGACGCGGGCUAGUAGCCACCGGACUUCUUAGUGGAGAGUGUUUUUUGGGCUCAGAAAAAAAGGGCCUAAUGAGUCGAGGGCCCUGCGUGUUAAUGGCGAAUUAAUGACGGGCGAUUAAAAUGCAAUAGCCACGUGCAUAAGCCCCAUAAUGAGUUGAACCAUUCGGACUCGGACUCAGGAACCAGGCCGCAAAAUACACAAAGUUAAACUAGAGUGCGAUACAGUGCGAUAAAUCAAGUAGCUCCUACUUAGCGGCUCUGUUUUGGGGCUUAAGAUCUUUUUCAAAGUGAGAAGAGAAGAAUUUGUGCAAAACUCAAUUUGUGGAACAAAAAAACGGUCCACAAAAAAAGGGAAAACGCUUAGUGAAAAAGAACACAAAAAAAGAAUUAAAUAAAAUAUAAAGUAAGAGUAAAAACCGUGCAGAGGAAACACUUUCAUUGGUCCCCAGGCAGAGCUUAGAACCGAGACUUUUUUCCGGCUCUAAUUUGACGGAAUCGUUAGUUGACCAACAAGGUCCUAUCCCCAGGAACCGCCUUCCCCCGCAACCACACCCCGAGUGUUGGCGGAUCGCGUGCCGAGGAGUACAAGCGUAAUAACAAUAAAGUUGCCGGAUAACAACCGCAGAUAUUGAGGAUACAGCAGCAGACACAGAAUGAGUGCGAUGUCCCUGCCAUCCAGAGCCAAUUUCGGAUUACUCAACUGGCUCAACGGCUGGAUGCUGCUUCUGUCGAUGGUUCUGCUACGAGGCUACAGCGCUGCGAUUGCCCCGACGCCGCCCACGACAACGACCACCACAAUCUCGCCCUCGAAUCUGCUGCCCUACUUCGACUUUGAUGUGCCGCGCAACUUGACCGUAACCGUUGGCCAGACCGGCUUCCUCCACUGCCGUGUGGAGCGGCUCGGCGAUAAGGACGUCUCCUGGAUUCGCAAACGUGAUCUGCAUAUCCUCACCGCCGGCGGCACCACCUACACAUCCGAUCAGCGUUUUCAGGUUCUACGACCCGAUGGCUCCGCCAAUUGGACCCUUCAAAUCAAGUAUCCCCAGCCCAGGGACUCGGGCGUCUACGAAUGCCAAAUCAACACGGAGCCCAAGAUGUCACUGUCCUACACCUUCAAUGUUGUGGAACUCAAAGCUGAAAUCUUUGGGCCUCCCGAUCUAAUGGUGAAAACGGGCAGCGACAUCAACCUAACCUGCAAAAUUAUGCAAGGUCCCCAUGAAUUGGGCAACAUAUUCUGGUACAAAGGCAGCGAACUGCUCGAUGGGAAGAGCGAGAACGAAAUCGACAGCUCCACAGCCCGGAUACGCGUUGAGGAUGAUUGGACCGACGGCCUGACUUCAAGAUUAAAAAUCAAGCGCGCCAUGCCCGGCGAUACUGGCAACUACACCUGUGUGCCGACGGUGGCAAAAACGUCGAGCGUCUAUGUGCACGUAAUUAUUGGCGAACACCCGGCGGCCAUGCAACACAACUCGAGCAGCAACAGCAACAGCUUCUACUGCGGCAUCUGCUGCAUGCUGCUGAGCAUUGUCUCGUGCUGCCUGCAGCACUUUUACCAGGCCGGGUGUGGAUACGUCCGCAGCUCUUCAAUGACGGCAUUGUGGCCUUCUCGGCGAGCAGCGUUAACAACCAGAAAAACACGCGUAACGUCGGCAGCAUCUCCUGCCAUUGCAACAUCCACAGCAGCAUCAGCAACAGCAGGAGCUGCGGCACCAUCAGCAGCAACAUCCUCGCCAGCAACGUGCAACAUGCUGAGAGAACGCCUCGCGGCGGUACAGUGCAUGAGAUGAAGGAAUAAUCAGCACACAGAUGAGGCAGCAAACCACUAAGAUUGCACCAAAAAAAAAGAUAAAAUAACCAAAAAAUUUAAGACACACACCCACGCCAACACACACACUUAACAUAUUCAAGGUGAUUUAAGUUUUUUAUGCAUCGCAUUCGGGGGGUUCAGGAAUAAGUAUUUACGGACUAUCUUCUAAGACGAAUGCACUUAGUGGAAGCAAAAGUAUAUUAUCCGAUAAGUGUUUAAUUAUAUAGCAAGGAAGGGGAACUCCAGGCUGACAGCAUGAGGCCCGUGGAGGAUCAUAAGCUAGUUAAAUGUUCUCAAUGGUAAACCUCGAAUAAGAAGAACUAUUAUGUAUACUUUGCUAAACGUUUUUGGUUCUUGUGUACUGGUUUUUGAACUUAUCGGAAUAUUGAACUGAAUUUGGCAAGAGAAUGGAAGGAAUAAACAAUAUUGCGUGUUGAUCUCUGAUAGAAAAUAUCCAUUGCACACCCAUAGCGAAUCUACUCACACACUGUCAUUACGAAAUAAGACUUACUAGCUAUAACUAAGCCUAAUAGCCCCAACCGAGACUACCAACCGAAUAAUUUGGAAGUGCUCUUCCGAUUCCCCACUUCAAUGCAAUCCUCCAACUGCCAACUACCCGCACUCUCCAGUAGACCAUUUCAUCGAAUAUUUGGAUAAAAAGUUGCUGUAAAUAAUUGCCAAUCGACAGAAUAUUAUUCGCAAGUACUUCAAUCUCAAUGUAAGCUUUUCCGAUUGAACGGUAUAAUUGUGUUGUGUUUGAGUAGAGAGAUAAUUGCUUUGCACAUUUACCAUUUAUCAGUUUUAGGCAUUAGCUACGAUUAGGUUAACACGAUGAUAUAUGUACUUAUAGCCAAUAAGCCUAUAAUAAACUAUGAGAGCCGACUCUUCAUUUUCAUCCAUCAGCGUUUGAAUAUUAUAGAAAAUCCUUGUUGAUGUCAGCUCCGAUUGGGGUCAGUCGCGUUUAAUGUAUAUAAUUAGUUUUGGCUAGAAUAAAAACACAACAAAAAAAUUUAAAACAAAAAAAAACUAAUAACAAAAGUGGGGAUAAAUUUGCAAAUAAAUACAAUUUAUAAUUGUGCUAUCGAUUUAAUUGAUACGAAUGCAAUGCGAAUGUGCAGGCACUGUAAAUAAAUUCAUUAGUAGACGAAAUUGUAAUUUUAAUUAACUCUUAAAUGAUAUAAACUGAUAAACUGAUUCGAGAGUUGGGAACCCUUCUAGUUGGUAAGCCGCACACCGCGAAAAAAAUUGAGAAGAACUAUCCGAGAAGAACUAUCUAAAAAGCAAAUAAAAACGCAAGAUACACAAAUUCAAAUAAUAGAAAAAUAAUAGUUAAAUUUAAUAUGGGCCCGCAUCUUGUAAAUAGAAUGAAUGGAUCUUACAUUAACGAUUAAUCGCAGCUGGAAAUCACUUAACACAGAGACCCCUUGAGAUCAUUGUAUUUGUGUCUACGGGGAUCAGAGUCCCCCGAUCUACAAGAAAAUAAAAAUAAAAAAAAUUAAGAAAAAACAAUAACGAAAACUUUAUCGAAUACAAUACGUAAUACGUAUGAGUGAAUGUCACAGAAUAGCCGCCUAAAAGUGUAUUCAUAUAUAAACCAGGUACUCUCAGAAUAUUUAUACGUGUGCGUAUCUAUAGGUGGCCCACAUAUGCAUAUACAGAUAGGAAUGUUUAACAGCAAAAUAAAAAGAAAAUCACACACGGACACUGCAGGCGAGAGUUUUGUGAAAUGAAAUGAAACCGAAUCGAUUCAAUAAAAUUAUGAUUUAGAAAAUU